AUGGCUAGAGCAAAGUUGGGUAGCCCAGCCAAGUAUAGUGCUGGGAAGGAGGCCACUGCAGGACGAGAGCUUCCAGAGAAGAAGCAGCAUGGAGCACUGAUGGUGGAGGCGUGGUGCUGGCAUGGAGGACGGCUAAAGUCCUGCUGUGCUUUGUGUCAGGACGUCCUGAAGGAUCCAGUCUCUACCAGCUGUGGACACUGGUUCUGCAGACAGUGCAUCACCUCAUACUGGGACCAGUCUGCUUCAUCAGGACACUCCUCCUGUCCCCAGUGUGGACAAAGACCCAGAACAAAUGUUGGUCUGCAGGAGGUUUUAGUUGAACAUAAGAUCAGUCUGAGGAGGAGAUGUGAACAUGUGAGUGAAGGAACUGAUGUAAGAGGAAGAGGAACCCUCCUCAACAGGAUCUACACUGAGCUCUACAUCACAGAGGGACAGAGUGAAGAGGUUAAUACUCAACAUGAGGAGACGCAGUUUGAGAAAGCUUCCAAGAUGAAGCCCCUCGAUGACACUCCAAUCAGGUGCCACAACAUCUUUAAAGCCUCACCUGACCAACAGAGACACAUCAGAGUGGUUCUGACCUACGGCGUCGCUGGUGUUGGAAAAACAUUCUCAGUGCAGAAGUUCACUCUGGACUGGGCAGAGGGUUUGGAAAACCAAGAUGUCAGCGUGGUGAUUGUGCUUUCGUUCAGGGAGCUGAACUUGAUCAAAGAUGAGCAGUACAGUCUUCUCAGGCUGCUCCAUGUUUUCCAUCCAACAUUACAGGAGGUCACAGCAGAGCAGCUGGCUGUCUGUAAACUUUUGUUCAUCUUUGACGGCCUGGAUGAAAGCAGACUUUCACUGGACUUCAACAACAGUGAGAUUGUGUCUGAUGUCACACAGAAGGUAUCAGUCAACGUGCUGCUGACAAACCUCAUCAAGGGGAACCUGCUUCCCUCCGCUUUGGUCUGGAUCACUUCCAGACCUGCAGCAGCCAAUCAGAUCCCUCCUACAUGUGUUGACAGGGUAACAGAAGUACGAGGCUUCACUGACGCCCAGAAGGAGGAGUACUUCAGGAAGAGGUUCAGUGAUGAAGAGCUUUCCAGCAGAAUCAUCUCCCACAUCAAGACCUCCAGGAGCCUCCACAUCCUGUGUGCAGUCCCAGUCUUCUGCUGGAUCACUGCUACAGUUCUGGAGCACAUGUUGACUACAGAGCAGAGAGGAGAGCUGCCCAAGACCCUGACUGACAUGUACUCACACUUUGUGAUGGUUCAGACAAAGAGGAAGAAGAACAAGUACCAUGAGGGACAUGAGACGAGUCCACAGGAGCUGAUGGAGGCUGACAGGGGAGUUCUUCUGAAGCUGGGGAGGCUGGCGUUUGAACAUCUGGAGGAAGGAAACACCAUGUUCUACCAAGAAGACCUGGAGCGCUGUGGUCUGGAUAUGACAGAGGCCUCAGUGUACUCAGGAGUUUGUACAGAGAUCUUCAAAAGAGAGAGUGUGAUCUUCCAGAAAUCAGUCUACUGCUUUGUUCAUCUGAGUGUUCAGGAGUUUCUGGCUGCAGUCUACAUGUUCCACUGUUACACCAACAAGAAGACAGAGGUUCUGAAGAACUUCCUGGGGAGAGAUCACCAGAACUCCACUAAGUCUCUGGAUGACUUCCUGUAUGGAGCCAUGAAGAAAUCCCUGCUCAGUAAAAAUGAUCACCUGGACCUGUUUGUUCGCUUCCUUCAUGGCCUCUCUCUGGAGUCCAACCACAGAUUCUUAGGAGGUCUGCUGGGUCAGACAGAGAACAGUCCAGGAUUCAUCCAGAGAGCCAUCAACAACUUGAAGAAUAUAAACACUUAUAAAAUCUCUCCUGACAGAAGCAUCAACAUAUUCCACUGUCUGAUGGAGAUGCACGACCUCUCAGUUCAUCAGGAGAUCCACGAGUUCCUUAAGUCAAAGAACAGGUCACAGAAAGAACUAUCCAUGAUUCACUGCUCAGCUCUGGCCUACAUGCUGCAGAUGUCAGAGGAGGUUCUGGAUGAGUUGGACCUGAGUCAGUACAACGCAUCCGUUGAGGGACGACACAGACUGAUCCCAGCUGUGAGGAACUGCAGAAAGGCUCAAUUUAUUGGAUGUGGACUCUCAGAGACUCACUGUGAAGUUGUGGCCUCAGCUCUGAAGUCCAACCCUUCCUAUCUGACAGAGCUGACUAUGAGUGGAAAUCACCUGAAGGAUUCAGGAGUGAAGCAUCUGUCUGCUGGACUGGAGAGUCCAAACUGUAGACUGGAGACUCUGAGAUUGAAUUACUGCAGUUUGUCAGAGAUCAGCUGUGAUUCUCUGGUCUCAUCUCUGAAGUCCAACCCCUCCCAUCUGAAACAUCUGGACCUGAGUCACAACAACAACCUGAAGGAUUCAGGAGUGAAGCAGCUGUGUGGUUUUCUGGAGAGUCCAGACUGUAGACUGGAGACUCUGAGAUUGGAGAGCUGCAGUUUGUCAAAGAUCAGCUGUGAUUCUCUGGUCUCAGCUCUGAAGUCCAACCCCUCCCAUCUGAAACAUCUGGACCUGAGGGAAAACUUCCUGAAGGAUUCAGGAGUGAAGCAGCUUCUUGAUCUUGUGAAGAGUCCAGACUAUAAACUGGAGACUCUGGGGUGGAAGUAAUGAUAAACAGGAGGGUGUGUGGUGUUCGAGGAUGAGCUGUGUCCUGAUGAUCCAGAGGUUGAAGCAGCAGCAGCUUGUGUGGACAGAGACUCUGACUGCAGAUAAAUGCUGAUGUUGAUGAAGAAGUGAGCAGCUCGGUCACAAAAAUUCUUCUCCCAGUGAUGCAGCCAGUGUUCAGUUUCUCUCACUCAGCAGAUACAUGUGUUUCUGCUUCAUCUGCUCUAUGGACUCCACUGAGUCAACAUCAGUCUCAGAUCAGCGACAUUUUUAUUUCUUUGUCUUAAUAGCAGCAUAAUGUAACAAGCUAAUCACUGAUGUAAAUAGUCUCUGUUAAAUGCCAUGAAUGUCUAAAUGCACCACAACAUAGACAAAAUUAUUCUUUUCUCUUUAUUUAUUAUACAAAUGCAUUGUACUCUGUACAGUAACACAAUCACAACAAGAAGUAACUGUUUAAUCACAUUUUUUAGUUUUGAAUGAGCAACAUCCCUUUGUAACCCAUGUUAUAAACUUUCCUUUAUGAAAAGAAAUAUAUUGGAUCCCAUCACCCGUUCUAUUGCGCAUCUGUCAUCUAGUGUGAUAUUUGGGAAUCCUAUAAAACGAUUUCCACUCUGCUUGUUCUUUACAAUUUAGACAUUAAUUAGUUACUCACAGAUAUCAACUGAAUAGAUAUUAGAGAAGUGCACUUUCCUGCCAAUGUGGCAGUGUUGUGAUUAACGGCUCCGACUGAUGUCAGCUCACAGAGUUCUAUAGGCAGCCAACAUGAGCAUUGGUUUAUUCUGGUUAUUAUUUACUUUAAGGCUGGAAGCUUUAACUAAACCCUUUGGGUUUUAUGCCUUUUCUUUAUCUGUAGAUUAUAUUGUUAUCUUGGUCUCUUGUUAUUUUUAAAUUGUAAAUGAUUUGCUAAACAUGUCAAUGAAAAGAGAAUAAAUAAUAAAAUCUU